AUGAGCAAGGUCGGCGUCUACUACGGCACGCAGGGCCAGGCCACGGAGGCCGCCGCGGACCUGCUCGUCGCGAUCGUCAACGAGAAGCUCGGCGGCGCGGCGGGCGAGACGUCCUUCCUCGUCGACGAGUGCGACAGCGUCGAGGACCUGCUGGGCCACGACUGCCUGCUCGUCGGGUGCCCGACGUGGAACACGGGCGCGGACACGGAGCGGUCCGGCACGGACUGGGACGAGUGGUACUACGAGGACGACGGGCUGCCGGGCAUCGACCUCGCGGGCAAGAACGUCGCCGUCUUCGGCUGCGGCGACUCCGUGGGCUACGGCGGCAACUUCUGCGACGCCAUCGACGAGCUCUACGAGGUCAUGGGCUCUCGCGGCGCGGGCGUCGGCUUCGGCCACACGCCGGCGGCGGGCUACCAGCACGAGGGGUCCAAGGCGCUGCGGGGCGACACCUUCAUCGGGCUGCCCCUGGACCAGGUCAACGAGGGCGACAUGACGGAGCAGCGCCUCCGGGACUGG